AUGUUCAAUGUCGACCAUCCCCGCGAGGGUGUCAGUUCCCCGGUGGAUUUGAUUGUCAUCCUAUCAUUUCUACCUGUGCUGUUGUUUGUUCUACGGACAUGGAGAACAAAUAACCCCAGAGGGUGCCGCCGCCUAGGACUUCCACUAGGCCAAAGCAAUUUGGACGAUGAGUUCGACUCAAAAUACAGCCAUGGUCUGCCUUACAAUCAAGAUGAUGACGGUCGUCCAUCUUGGCGUGUGAAGGCAUUGUUCAGCUACCCGCUCAAAUCCUGCGGAGCAGUCGAGCUACAAGCCUCCAACGUCGUCCCCACCGGACUCGAAUUUGAUAGACAGUUCGUGUUUGCAGAAUAUAACAACGAUGAAUGGAACAUUCGCACUUUGCGCAAUGCAGGCUUCAAUUGCUUGGCCUUAAUUCAUCCCGAGAUCUGGGUUCCUGACCCUUCUGCCCCCGACUAUGACGCAGAGCUGCCAGAAGUUAAGUCGCAGGGCGUGAUGGUGGUAUCAUAUCCACGGACGCCACCAGCAGGGUGGCAGGGUUUGUAUGUGAAGGUCGGCAUGACGCUCAAGAUCCUCAAAAGCCGACACACAUUCCAAGUCCCACUACUUCCACCUGCGAACUCCAACUUUCCAUUAGUCCCAGUCAAGAUUUGGAAAGACAAGCCUCUAGCCUACGACUACGGCAAACUUCUCCCGGCAUCAUUACACACAUAUCUGGGCUCUGACCCAUCAAGAAACACUCUAACACUAUUCCGCGCCAGUGCUCUGCACUCACGGCAGAUCUUCCGCAAUGCGCCACGUAAAGAAGAGCUAGGCUUCCAGCCGAAUACAGCCUUCGCAGACGCGUACCCUAUCCACCUACUCAGUAUGUCCAGCCACCGGGAUGUAGCAGCGCGCUGCGCAUAUGCAAUCCCCCAACUCAGCAUCCGACGGUUCCGCGCGAACAUCAUCAUUCAAGGUCCAGCUGCCUUCGAAGAAGAUUAUUGGAAGCGGCUUUCGAUCGGUGGGACGGAGAUCUACGCUUCUUGUCGGACUGUUCGAUGUCGAUUGCCUAAUGUUGAUCCUCUUUCUGGGGAUAGGCAUAGGGCUGAGCCCGAUCGGACGCUGAAGUCAUAUCGGCGGAUUGAUGACGGGGAUCGGACCAAUGCAUGUCUGGGAAUGCAGCUUGUUCCCGCGAAGGAGGAGUUCGUUAUGAGAGUUGGGGACUCCGUCGAGGUGCUUGAGACCGGGCUGCAUCAGUAUAUCAAGAUGCUGGCUCCUGGUGAGAAGGUUGAGGGGGUAUAG